AUGAGACCUGUCUUGCCUGCGAACCACCCCCUCAAUAACCAAGCCUCUGGUCGCUCAGGUCGGCCAGACAGUCUUGUCUGCGGUCCCUCGACUGCUCCCACCUCGUGCUUCAUCGCCAGCGAGGCCGACCUUGACGCUCGCCGAGAUCGCUCUCGUCCCAGAUUCCGCCAGCAAGCCGAUCGUCGCAAGUGCAGCCGUAGCGCACGCGAGCCGUCAACCCCGCGCCGAAGGCCUUCACCCACUCGCAACGACAAGGUUCCAUCUUCAACCUCGGAAUCAGAGGAAUCGAUAGUUGAGCAGGAUCCCUUGGCUCUCCCUUCACGAUCGAGCACUCCGUCCUUGAUCGACCUCUCACGACCCGAAUCGGUGCUGAGUGGUUCGUCUCGGAGUUAUUCACUUGCUGGGCCUUCCAUCGAAUGUCCAAGCGACUCACUGCUAGACGACGCAUCUUUACCAGAGACCGACAUGGCCGACAACCGGGGUCAUGACAACUCCAUCCCUCAGCUAAUCAUGCCCAGCCUGACAGUCCCACGCCGACGCCCUUUUUCUGAAGUGGGCAAGUCACUGGGCAAGCUGAAGAUUAUGGUGUCAGGUCGUAACGGCAUUGGCAAAACCUCACUCAUCAAGACCUUGGCACAGCGUUGCGAGCACAUCGUUCACAUGGACCCAAUAGAGAACAGCAGCGCAGUGCAUGCAACUGAAACAUAUGCCAGUUCAAGGCCUCAUCCAUGGUGGCGAUCCGACUCUGACCUCACAGUUACCACACGGAGACGUAUCUCAACUACCGGUGAUGUCCUGGAUAGGAAUGGGCCAUGGCGUGACCUGCACUAUGUCGAGUCUUACCUGGCAUCUCUCAUGAGCAAGCCUAUGGCGGAUUCCGAUUUGCUGGCUCUGGUCAACUCUGGAGGUGUUCCAGUUGUAGAUGUUUUGCUCUAUCUUAUUCCCCACAGUGGUCUUACACGGGAGGAUGUGCAAUACAUCAAGCAUGCUCAGGGGAUGACUAACGUUAUACCCAUCCUGACACGUGCUGAUGAGCUCGCCGCAGAAGAAACUGGACACAUCAGACAGCGAGUUGCGAAGCAGUUGGCCAAUGAAAAUAUCGACUACUUCUCCUUCGACGGCCCUGAACCAUCCGACGAAGCAUGUCGAGUGUACGCCAUCUCGACCAAAACUCAAACUGAUUACGAUACCAUGGACGCCAGUGUCCUGAUGAACUCGGAAUACAACCCACCCCUCGUCCCGACCGACCUGAGCAGGCUCGUCGACCACAUUUUCUCGCUGGAUGGUAGUGCUCGGCUACGCCAUGCUGCAGCUAUUAAAUGCGUCAAGUGGCGCCGUGACCAUGGUGAUAGUCUUCUUCAGAGUGCUCUUUCCAGCGGUUGUAUGGUGUCUCGAACCGUUCCUCAGAGUGCCUUGAGGCUGCGCCCCUUCCGGCGAUCUCAGAGCUGGGAACGACUGGAGCUGUACAACUGGGCGAACAAUUUACGGCAAAGUCUCCACUCAGAGCGACUUUAUCAUCUGAUGGAGGAAAGGUCGAACUCUGACGCUCCUGCGUACGAGUCAUCCCUUGUACGACUUACUCCGGACGUGAACCAGAAAAGACGACCGAAGAAGCGAAACACCAAGACACCCACUCACCAAGAUCCGCUUGGGCUGUUGCAGAUAGGGGGUAAACUCAAGCAAAAGGGCAUGUUUGCGCUGGAGAUGGUGAGCAGUUUCGGUUUGAUCGGCUUGGUUCUUUCUCGACUAAUUCACUCCAACUGGGCAGACGGCGUUUGCUCCAUUGUCGGGACGAAAAGGAUGGGGAUGGAGGUAGGUCAGCUGAACAUGCUGCUGCCUCUUUAA